AUGGUGGGCGAUGUUCCAAAGAAGAUGGCCAUUAUCGGCAUGUCUUGUCGUUUGCCAGGACAAGUGUCGACAGCCGAUGAUCUAUGGGAUAUGUGUUCGAGAAGGAAGAGUACCUGGUCCGAAGUACCAAAGAGUCGCUUUAACGCCGAAUCAUUCUACCAUCCAAGUCCAGAUCGACCCGGCUCAUUCAACAACCAAGGCGCUCAUUUCUUGACCGAGGAUGCUGGAUUAUUUGAUGCCCCAUUCUUCAAUAUCACUCUGCAGGAAGCCCGCGCUCUCGACCCGCAACAGCGCAUUAUGCUCGAAUGUGUAUAUGAAGCUCUCGAAAAUGCUGGUAUCUCGAGCAGUUCCAUCGCCGGAACAAAUGUCGGUGUAUUUGCGGGCGCGUCUCACCCAGAUUACGAUAUCAACAAUGGUUUGGAUGCUGAAAAUGUUCCAAUGUACUCUGCGACAGGAAUGGCGAGCGCUCUUCAGUCAAACCGAGUCUCCUACUAUUUUGAUCUUCAUGGCCCUAGCAUCACGGUCGACACGGCAUGUUCUUCAAGUUUGUCGGCACUGCAUUUGGCUAGUCAGAGUAUUCGAAAUGGCGAAUGCUCUAUGGCUAUUGUCUGGGGCUGCCACUUGAAUUUAAUGCCUCAAGGAUUCAUUUCCAUGACUCGAUCUCGACUGCUGGCCGACACCGGAAAAACGUAUGCAUUUGACCACAGAGCGACUGGGUUUGGACGCGGGGAGGGUGCUGGAUGUAUUAUAUUAAAGUCUGUCGCAGACGCCGAAGCUGCCGGUGAUGCUAUUCGAUCUGUGAUCGUUAGCAGUGGUAUAAAUCAAGAUGGUCGUACAAGAGGUAUCACAUUGCCCAACAGCGAGGCCCAGGAAAAAUUGAUGCGCGAAGUUUACAAAACCGCACGAAUCGACCCCGCCAUGACCGGUUAUGUUGAAGCUCACGGAACCGGUACGAAGGUUGGAGAUCCAUUGGAGGCCAGAGCAUUGCACGCAGUCUUUGGCAAAGGACGAACACCCAAGGAUCCCUUGUUUAUCGGAUCACUCAAAUCCAAUAUUGGUCAUUUGGAAGGAUCAAGUGGAGUUGUGUCAGUCAUCAAGACUACACUCAUGUUGGAGCGUGGCUUUGUGCUCCCGAAUUGUAAUUAUGAUAAGCCAAAUGAGGAAAUUCCUAUGGAUAAGUGGAACAUGAAGGUACCCAAGAAGCUCGUACCUUGGCCCCGAGGAAAGACUUACGCAAGCGUGAACAACUUCGGAUUUGGCGGGACCAACGCCCACGUUGUUCUGGAGCGUGGCCCUACGUACGGAGGUCAAGGAGUUGAGAAUGAGGAUCUUUUUGCCCGGAGACUCUACGUCGUUUCUGGUGCCGAUAAACAAGCAGCCGCGAGGAUGGGCGAUGAUAUUAUCUCAUAUCUGCAUCGGCAUCCUCCAGUGUUUUCAGACACCCUGAUGGACAAUCUGGCAUAUACACUGGGCCAGCGUCGAUCUCAUCUCCAAUGGAGAAUGGCUGUUCCUGCGGCUGUGCAUACCGAGCUCAUCGAUUUCCUAGCGGCUGUGAAAGAACCAACUCGGUCCACUGGUCAGCCGACGAUUGGGUUUGUCUUCACUGGUCAGGGUGCGCAGUGGCAUGGCAUGGGCAAAGAAUUACUGGACAGGUAUCCAGUUUUCAGCAAAACAAUGCGAGAUGUUGACGCGUGCUUGAAAACUCUCGGAGCAAAGUUCUCCAUCAUCGAUGAAAUUCAAUUGGAAGAUCCGAAGGCAAGCUCAAUUUCCGCAGCAUACAUGAGCCAACCGGCCUGCACUGCAAUUCAACUGGCUCUCGUGGAUUUGAUGUCAUCGUGGGGCAUUAAACCUGCAUCAGUCGUUGGUCACUCCAGUGGUGAAAUUGCUGCUGCGUAUGCCGCUGAGAUUCUGACGCUCGAGGAAUGUGUUCGAAUUGCGUAUUGCCGAGGUGUUGCAGCUGAUAUGGUAGCCAAGGAUAAGAGCGUCAACGGAGCCAUGCUAGCUGUUGGAGCCAAUGCGGGAGAUAUUCAGCAAAUUCUGGACGCGAUGCGCGGACAAAGAGCAGUAAUCGCCUGUGUUAACAGUGACUCGAGUAUUACCCUAUCUGGUGAUAGAGAUGUCAUCACUGAUCUUGAGAAAGCCCUCGACAAAGAAGGAAUUUUCACUCGCUUGCUGCAUGUUGAAGUUGCUUAUCACUCCCACCACAUGCAAAAAGUGUCACAACAGUACCGUGCCUUGCUAGGAAAGAUCGCACCUCGCUCAUCUGUCAUUCCAUUCCACUCGACCGUGCACGGCAAGCUGGUCGCAGGAAGUACUCUGGGUGCGUCAUAUUGGGUAGAGAACUUGGUUUCUCGCGUCGAGUUCGUGAAGGGCAUGCAAAGCCUUCUGGCAACGGAUUCGCCAAAUGGCAAAAUUGAUACCCUGGUCGAAGUCGGACCGCACCCAGCGCUUGGAAACCCCGUUAAAGACAUUGUCAAAGCACACGCACCGGGUCGACCAAUGAAUUUUGCACACACUUUGAACAGAAAGUUAGACGCAAUCAACGCCGCUCAGCAGCUUGCGGGCACCUUGUUCAACCUCGGGUUGAAUGUGAAUUUUCAGGCCAUCAACUUUCCGACCAAAUCUUCCAUCACGCCGCAAGUCCUGAGCAACCUCCCAACAUAUCCAUGGAACCAUACAGAAAGGUAUUGGUUCAGCUCACGACUCGGAAAUAAUUUAUUACAUCGUCAGUUCCCACGAAGCGAGCUAUUGGGCUCACUUUGUAUAGAAAAUGUGGACCUUGAGCCCCGAUGGAGGAAUAUUCUUCGUGCAGACGAUCAUCCGUGGAUCCGUCAACACCGAGUUCACGAUAGCAAUGUGUACCCCAUGACCGGAUUCCUGGCAAUGGCAAUGGAGGCAAUAUCUCAGCAGGCACAGCUACAUCACAUUGUGCCCGGAAAUAUUCAGCUUCGCGACAUAUCCAUCACUCGCGCUCUCACUAUUCCUGACAACACACCCGUUGAGACAAUGUUUAGUCUGCGUCCGUCCAGGUCUGAGACCCCUGGAAAAGCAAUGCUCGGCUGGCACGAGUUCAAAGUAUUUUCCUGGACAGAAGGAAGGGGUUGGGAUCAGCACUGCAACGGCUUUGUCAUGGUUGAGGAAACCAAGGAAACGAAUCCUGUUGAUGGUUCCCGUCAAAAGACUCUCGUUGAAGCAAACCUUGCGGAAACUAUCAAAGCAAUGCAGAAGGCUUGUCAAAACCCGAUUGACUCCGAUGUACUCUAUGAAAAUAUCCUCAACGGCAUGGUCAACUACGGUCCUCUAUUCCGAGGUCUAUCGAACAUUCGAGUUCCUGUUGACUCAACCAUGAGAGCAAUCGCUUCAAUUUGUGUACCGGACACGAAGGCCUCAAUGCCCAAUGAGUAUGAAAUGGGUUUCAUUGCUCAUCCAGCCACUCUUGAUCUAUGUUGUCAAAUGAUGUGGAUUCUGCGAGGAUUUGGUCAACCCGGCCAGAGACAGACCUAUGUACCAUCUCACCUUGACCGAGUUAGUUUGUCUCUAGACUACAAGCUUAGUGCUGGGGCUCCACUCCAGCUAUUCGGUUCUCGCUCAGGUGUUGAGUCUGCCAGUAUUGCGGAACAUAAUCGCAUUAUUGCUACUCGCCCUGACAAUCUGUCUGACAUCGUUCUCGACAUCGAUGGGCUUACUUUGGCACCUAUCUCGAACGAUAUCAAGGGUCAUAAAGACAAUGCACCCGCUUCAAUGUGCUACAAGCUUCACUGGGAGCCGUGCUUUGAGUUCCUUUCUGAGGAUACUUACAGACAGCUCCCUCGUGCUCAGGUUGACGAUGGAAAGGGUGGAGAGCGGAUGCAUCACUUAGAAAAACUUGCAGUGCACUGGCUUCGACGGAUGAUCAAAUCAGUUCCUGAAAAUGAAUUUUCGUCAUUCUCGAGUCACCAUCAAAAGUUCUAUCGAUGGGCUCAAAAGACGUGUCAAACCUCCCCUGUUGACAAAAUGUCGUCAAAGAUCAUUGAAACGACAAGAAAUGCAAACGGCGCAGGGAAACUGAACUGCUUCGUUGGAGAGCGUCUUCCUGAAAUCCUUCGAGGCACCCAAGAUGCGCUUACUCUAAUGUUGGAAGAUGACAUGCUUGGGAAUUAUUACCAGGACCUGGAUGGCCUGCGUGAAUCAUACGCCAAUGCAUCCGUCUGCAUUGAUAAGAUGGCUCACCAGAACCCAGAUCUGAACAUUCUUGAAAUUGGUGCUGGAACUGGAGGUGCCACUUUGCCAAUCUUAGAAAUGCUGGGUGGAAACGUCCCAGGCUCCACGCCUAGAUUCGGCCACUACACUUACACAGAUAUUUCACCUGGAUUCUUUGAGAAGGCUCAAGCUAAGUUUGAAGGCUGGAACCAUCUCACGACUUAUCAGACUCUAGAUGUUUCGACCGACCCUCUGAACCAAGGCUUCCAAGCUGGUACAUAUGACUUGGUAGUCGCAUGUAAUGUUCUCCAUGCGACUCCUGACAUCAAUGAGACAAUGGCAAACAUUCGAACUCUCAUGAAACCUGGUGGCAAAAUUCUGUUGAUUGAAGAAACAAAAUCCACAGCCACACAUUUCCCAUUCGCUCUCCUGCCCGGGUGGUGGUUAGCAAGCGAAGAGCUUCGUCAAGAUGGCCCUCUCCUAACUCAGGACGGGUGGUCUAAGGUCAUGAAAGCAAAUGACUUUUCUGGUGUUGAUAUCUGUGUUGAAGGAUAUCCAGGUGCUUCCUACCAGACUGGUUGUGUGAUUAUAUCAACAGCAACUCCGCCAACAACUGGGCCCACUAAUCCCGGUGACAUCGUUCUUAUCAGCAACGAGUCUCUUGGAUGUGUGUCUUCGUUGAGUCUCGAAGCUGGACUGAGAGACAUUACCGGAGUUGUUCCAACAACAGCAUCCGAUCUUAACUCAGCAGACGUUGCUGAUAAAUGGUGUAUUUUCCUGGGUGGUAUGGACCGUUCAAUCCUGUCUCACCUUACACCGAAGCAGUUCAAAGAGUUUCAGAGCCUUGUCAGUCGCGCGAGGGGCCUGUUUUGGAUUGUUCGUCACACCAAAUCUGAUCCGCAGUCUUUGGGUUCCAACAUGGCCAUCGGACUGGCUCGUACGGUCCGGUCGGAGACUGGUGUACAGUUUGCAACCCUCGAUUUGGGAGAGAAGGAGAGUAUGCCCGAUGCCGAGGCUGUUGGUCACAUACUCAAUGUCUUUGAUGGUAUAUUCUGUCACAAGACUCAGCUUAACCAAGGCGACAUGGAAUUUGUUGUUCGCAAUGGCAACGUUUGUCUUCCUCGACUCCUUGAUAAUCACGAACUCAACCUCAGUGUUCAACUGGAAACUUCAAGCGCGCCCCCUCAGAUGCAACUAUUCAAACAAGAUCGUGCACUGCGAUUAUCUGCUGGUCAGGGUCGCGUGCUGGAUGAGCUGCAUUUUACCGACGAUGACUCCCGCGAUGCACCACUCCCUGCAGAUCACAUCGAGAUCCGGGUCCAAUGCACUGGUUUGAACUUCCGCGACGUACUUAUGGCCAUGGGCCAGCUUCGUGGUGACAAGCUUGGCCAGGAGUGCAGUGGAGUUGUCUCAAAAGUAGGAUCAGCGGUAAUGGAUUUCAGCGUGGGAGACCGUGUAAGUGCGAUGUCGCCUGGAUCGCUUUCAACCUUUACCCGAUGUCCAGCUUCCUGCGCAUGGGUUAUCCCUUCCGAUAUGUCAUGGCAAGUCGCAUCAUCAAUCCCCGCUGUUUUCUGUACUGCGUACUACUCGCUUGUCGAGCUAGGCCGUUUGGCUGAGGAUGAAAGUGUUCUUAUUCACGCAGCUGCUGGCGGAGUUGGACAAGCCGCUAUCAUCAUUGCCCAGAAUAUUGGUGCCAAAAUAUAUGCGACUGUCGGAAGUGUCGAGAAGAAGAAAUUCUUGAUGGAAACACACGGUCUAAAGGAAGAGCAAAUCUUCUUUAGUCGUGACACUUCUUUCGCUGCGGGUAUUCUCGCUGCCACUAAUGGAGAAGGCGUGGACGUUGCCCUCAAUUCACUCAGUGGAGAUGCCCUGCAAGCUACAUUCGAAUGCGUUGCUCCAUUUGGUCGUUUCAUUGAGCUUGGAAAGAGAGACAUCACUCAGAAUUCCCGGUUGGAGAUGGCUCACUUCAACAAAAAUUUGUCUUUCUCAUCAGUUGACUUGGGUAUCGUGAGAGAGAAGCGACCGAAGCUGACAAGACGCUUGAUGCGCGAGGCAUUCUACACCUUUGCGAGGACAAGGGCCGAUUUACGCUGGCCAAUUACUACUCUGCCUAUCUCUCAGGUUGAGAAUGGAUUCCGUGCUUUGCAGGGUGGUCAAGUCAUUGGAAAGAUGGUCGUUGAGAUGACUAAUGAUGCUAUGGUUAAGGUUCAUCCUGCAAGGAAUGAAGAAAAGCUUCUUCGCGCUGAUGGCACAUAUAUUGUAGUUGGUGGUACCAGCGGUAUCGGUCUCGACAUUGCCAGCUGGAUGCCGCAGAAAGGAGCCAAGCAUAUCGUUAUGGUUUCUAGGAGCGGCGCCUCAACUGACCUAGCUCGAACAACUAUUGACGACCUGAAAUGCCAGGGUAUCACUGUCGAAGUUUGUCGCUGCGAUAUUUCCAGCCCACAGCAUGUGGAACAAAAUAUGGUCCCGUUGUUGAAAAAGCUUCCCCCUGUUCGGGGUGUUGUCUAUGGAGCCAUGGUUCUUCGAGACACUUUAUUCGAAAAGCUCAGCCAUGAGGACUUUGAGGCGGUCAUGAAGCCCAGAAUUCACGGAAUCUGGAACCUGCAGAAAACUCUCCAGAAGCCCGAGAUCAAGUCAAGUCUGGACUUCUUCGUCACCCUCUCAUCUGCAGCUAGCUUUGUUGGAAACCUGGGACAGUCACCGUAUGCCGCUAGUGGUACAUUUAUGUCCGCAUUAGCAACAUACUCCCAGGUCUCAGGUGUGCCUUGCACAACAAUCGAUCUCCCAAUCGUCCGCGGUGUCGGCUACCUCUCCGAUGACUCCAAGCGUGAGGAAAUAGCGGCCCAGCUGGGUACCGAGUCCGUCGACGCAACAGAUAUCCGGGGUCUUGUCGCUGCCGCAAUGAGAAAAGAGAUGCAAGCAACUUGCGAGGGACAUUGUAUCGUAGGUUUUGACGGAGUCAAGACAACACCAGCAUCUGAGCAACCUUUUUGGGUAUCAGACACUAAGCUUUCGCAUCUUCUUCGUCUAUCUACACUUGCAGGUGCUGGUACAGCUGAUUUGGCGGCAGCAAAUGACCAGACAUCCCCUGCAGCGGCAAUUCGACAAUGUCAAACCCGCGAAUCUGCUGAGGCUAUCGUUGUUUCUGCGUUGGCACACAAGAUUUCUAGUAUUCUCAUGCGCCCAAUCGAAGAAGUGGAUCCUGCUGUAUCAAUUUCCGUUUAUGGACUGGACUCUUUGGUGGCUAUUGAGAUUCGAAACUGGAUUACGCGUGAGUUGGAAGCAAAUAUGCAGGUUUUGGAGAUUCUUUCUGGUGAAUCUUUGCUGGACCUUGCUGGGCACAUAUUGAGAAAGUCGGGAAUUCUUACCCCGAAAUUGAAGACGGAUUGGGGGCUUGAUGCUCCUGAAGCGCGAGCUAGCCAGGGUUAG